AACAAACAGUGCAGAGAACGCGAAGGUUCUACAGACUUCGACACUGCGCCAGUGCUGCUUUUCUUCUUUCCCAAGCAUAUCUAUAUAUGGAGUGACUUUCAUUUCAGUCAUUUGCUCCUUACGCAUGGCUUAUGAGCAAAAUACCAAAUGAUUUGGGUCGUUUAAUUCAUUGUUCUUAAUCGUGUUAGGACAAUUACCUCUGCCUCAUCGUUUAGUGCGUGAUUAACAUGGCGACAUCUCGGAGCUCCUCCACGGCCAGACUGACUAGGUCGGCUCUGGCGGCCUUCAGGGCGUCUCGUAACCGGUCUUUGGCUCAGUCCCGCUAUGCCAUCUCACGCGCCACCGAGGGUUCGUUUCUCGACGGAUUGAAUGCUACUCGACCGCACCCGUUACUCGCCUCCGUGUCUGGGAGAGUUGGAACUGCCACAAAUAUGUCGAAAUCAUACUUGAAAGCCGUCAUGUUCGGAAGAAAUUUUAAUGGCCGCGCGUACUCCACCGCCGCCGCUAGCUCCGGACAGAUUAGCAAUGCAGAAUAUACUGAGUUGGCUUUUGAGGGUAUUAUUGAAGCUGUAGAUGCAGCACGAGCCAACAAACAACAAGUGGUUGAAACAGAGCACUUAACGAAAGCCCUUCUGGAGCAGAAGGAUGGGUUAGCUCGGAGAAUAUUCACUAAGGCUGGGCUGGAUAACACAACGGUUUUGCAAGCCACAGAUACAUUUAUAUCUCAACAGCCUAAGGUGACCGGUGAUACUAGUGGUCCCAUUAUUGGGCCCCAUCUCUACUCUCUCUUAGAAAAUGCAAAGAAACAUAAGAAAGAAAUGGGUGAUUCCUAUGUCUCCGUGGAGCACUUGCUGUUAGCUUUAUAUUCAGACACUAGAUUUGGGCAGCAACUAUUUAGAAAUCUGCAACUUAGUGAGAAAUCUUUAAAGGAAGCUAUUGAAGCUGUGCGUGGAAAUCAGAGAGUAACUGACCAAAAUCCAGAGGGGAAGUUCCAGGCACUUGAGAAAUAUGGUAUUGACUUGACUGAACUUGCCAGGCGUGGAAAACUUGACCCAGUGAUAGGACGAGAUGAUGAAAUACGGCGCUGCAUUCAAAUUUUGAGUCGGAGGACCAAAAACAAUCCUGUUAUUAUCGGUGAGCCAGGAGUUGGAAAAACUGCAAUUGCUGAGGGGUUGGCACAACGGAUAGUCCGUGGAGAUGUUCCAGAACCUCUCAUGAAUCGGAAGUUGAUAUCAUUGGAUAUAGGUGCACUGCUUGCUGGCUCCAAGUUUCGUGGAGAAUUUGAGGAAAGAUUAAAAGCUGUAUUAAAGGAAGUAACUGCUUCAAAUGGGCAGAUUAUACUAUUUAUCGAUGAGAUCCACACUGUUGUUGGUGCAGGUGCUACUGGUGGGGCAUUGGAUGCUGGAAAUUUAUUGAAACCAAUGCUUGGUCGUGGUGAGCUGAGAUGCAUUGGAGCAACUACACUAAAUGAAUAUAGAAAGUACGUCGAGAAGGAUCCUGCUUUAGAACGUAGGUUUCAACAAGUAUAUUGUGGACAACCAUCUGUGGAAGAUACAAUUUCCAUUCUUCGUGGGUUGCGAGAACGGUAUGAGCUGCAUCAUGGGGUCAAAAUAUCUGAUAGUGCUCUUGUAUCAGCAGCAGUUCUUGCAGAUAGAUACAUUACUGAGCGUUUUUUACCUGACAAAGCCAUUGACCUUGUUGAUGAAGCUGCGGCAAAACUGAAAAUGGAGAUUACUUCAAAGCCUACCGAGUUAGAUGAGUUAGAUAGGACAAUACUUAAGCUAGAGAUGGAGAAACUCUCUCUUAAAAAUGAUACUGAUAAAGCAUCUAAAGAAAGGCUGAGCAAGCUGGAAAGUGACCUAUCAUCACUUAAACAAAAGCAAAAAGAGCUAACUGAACAGUGGGAGCAUGAAAAGAACCUGAUGACUCGUAUUCGAUCAAUCAAGGAGGAGAUUGACAGGGUCAACCUAGAGAUGGAAGCUGCAGAGCGUGAAUAUGAUCUUAAUCGUGCUGCUGAACUUAAGUAUGGAACACUGACAUCUCUUCAGCGUCAGCUUGAAGAAGCUGAGAAAAAUCUUGAUGAGUAUCAGAAAUCUGGAAGCUCUUUACUCCAGGAAGAAGUAACAGAUGUUGACAUUGCUGAAAUUGUUAGCAAAUGGACUGGUAUUCCAUUGUCAAACCUUCAGCAGACAGAAAGAGAUAAGCUUGUUUUGUUAGAGAAUGUACUUCACGGCAGGGUUGUUGGCCAAGAUAUUGCAGUGAAAUCUGUAGCUGAUGCAAUUAGGCGUUCAAGAGCUGGACUAUCAGACCCAAAUAAGCCCAUCGCGAGUUUCAUGUUCAUGGGCCCCACAGGUGUUGGUAAAACUGAGCUUGCAAAGGCUCUUGCUGCAUACCUUUUCAACACAGAAAAUGCUCUCGUGCGGAUUGAUAUGAGUGAGUAUAUGGAAAAGCAUGCGGUUUCACGUUUAGUUGGUGCUCCACCAGGUUAUGUUGGUUACGAAGAGGGUGGGCAACUUACAGAAGUGGUCCGACGGAGGCCUUAUUCAGUGGUGCUCUUUGAUGAAAUUGAGAAGGCACAUCAUGAUGUCUUCAACAUUUUGUUGCAACUGUUGGAUGAUGGAAGAAUAACAGACUCCCAAGGAAGGACCGUUAGCUUUACAAACACUGUUGUGAUAAUGACCUCAAACAUUGGUUCACAGCAUAUUCUUGAAACUCUUCAAAGCUCGCAAGGUAACAAAGAGGCAGUUUAUGAAGUCAUGAAAAAACAAGUAGUUGACUUAGCAAGACAGAAUUUUCGGCCCGAGUUCAUGAAUCGAAUUGAUGAGUACAUUGUUUUCCAACCUUUGGACAUGGAGCACGUCAGCCAAAUUGUUGAAAUCCAGAUGAACCGCCUAAAAGCGCGUCUCAAACAUAAGAAAAUUGACCUUCAGUACACAGAUGAAGCUGUCAGUUUUCUAGCUACUAUGGGUUUUGACCCAAACUUUGGAGCCCGGCCAGUGAAGCGGGUAAUUCAACAGAUGGUUGAGAACGAAGUUGCAUUGGGAGUUUUGAAGGGAGAUUUUAAGGAGGAUGAGUCGAUCCUAGUUGAGGUUGAUAUAUCCCCAAAUGCCCAAAGCAGCAGAUUGAUCAUCAAGAAAAUAGAAAAUGGUUCUGCAAUGGAUGCCAUGGUUGCUAAUGAUUGAUACAACUACUUGAAAAGAUGUACAUAAAUAAUAAUCAGGACAUUUUGGUUUCUUGUCUACUUCUAUAUAUGGUUGGAUUAUCACGA